GUGCCGCUGCCCGGCCUGGGUCUGGCCGGGUACGGCGGGUCUGGCGGCCGGGCCAGCAGCUCGCCGCCGGCCCGUGACACGGUCAGCCCGCCGGUCAGCUCGGCGGCACAGUCGCCCCGCCAGGGCAGCGCCAAUCACGCCUCCUGGAACUACGAGGAACAGUUCAAGCAGCUGUACGAGAUAGACGACAACCCCAAGAGGAAGGAGUUCCUAGACGACCUGUUCCGGUUCAUGCACAACAGAGGGACCCCAAUAAGUCGUCUGCCAAUCAUGGCGAAGCAGGUGCUGGACAUGUACGAGCUGUACAACUUGGUGGUAGCCCGUGGUGGGCUGGUGGAAGUCAUCAACAAGAAGCUGUGGCAGGAGAUCAUUAAGGGCCUGAAGCUGCCCUCUUCCAUCACCUCUGCAGCCUUCACCCUGCGCACACAGUACAUGAAGUACCUGUACCCGCAAGAGUGUCAGAAGGAGAACCUGAGCAGUCCGUCGGACCUGCAGGCAGCCAUAGACGGCAACCGACGCGAGGGGCGCAGGGGCGGAUACAGUAACGCCUCUUACGCCGACUUCGUGCAGAGGUCGCCGCUCAUGGCCAGCUCGAUGGCGCAGUCGUUCGGCUUGUCCAACGGCAUGCCGACCACGCUGCAUCAGCAGGGCCUGUCUCCUCUGUCGCUGGUCACCAGUCGGCCCGGCACCAACGGCGCCGGAGGCCACCCGCUGCCGCCCAGCUCUCCGUUUCUGGCCGGCAUGUGUCCCGCCGGGGAUGCCGACUCCUAACGACACGCUGAUGACGCUGUGGAACUUGUACAGCAACAGACAGCCGCCGCCGUCGCCGCCGCUCAGGAGGCCCGAGGGCAUGGGCCUGGCGCCGCAGAGCGAGGCCCUCAACCUCGGCGUUCACAGGGAGAUGGCCAGGCAAGAAAGAGAACGAGAUGAGGAGCGCGAGAGGGAGUGCGAGCUGGUGCAGGAGCGCGUAAGAGCGCUGAGUAAGGAGCGAGAGCGGCACUCGAAUAUCAAGCGGGACUGUCCAGAGGAGAUGUCCCCGCCGACACACAAAAAGGCCCGUUCAGACGAAGGCAACGGGAGACCGGAUGCCUUCCCACACACCAAGAUGAGCAUCUCGACAAAAGGCGACAGCAGUAUAGUGGUGAGCAUGGAGAUGAACGGCGUUGGCUACCAGG